GGAAAGUACGACCUCUCAGUGGAGCCCGCCACUGGACUUAUCAGCAACGAGCCUGCGAGCACGCCUGCUCAUUCUCUUCUCUCGUGGUCUCUUCUUCUUCCGCCUCUUCCCUCUCUCAUCACUGUCGCAUAUAAACCUCUCGAGAUCGCCAUCCUUGGCUUUCAGCCACGUCCUUUCUUGUGGUCAUCACGACUACUAUCUACCUCUCCUUAUUCGGUAGACUCUCCUCGUUAAGGCUUGCCAAUACUCGCCGGCCAUCGCCAAGCAGCACCGAGAGUUAGCCACGAGAAGUCAAUCGUCGUUAUCGCCGCCAUGACCGACUUUGGACCUCGAGCCCCCCAUGGGCCUGAUAUGACGGGAACUCACAACCCGCUGGAGGAUAUGGACGCGCACGAGAAGGGUGCUUUUGAUCAAUUGAUCCGUCCCGAUGACAGUUACAAUGCGGACGGUGUGUACUGGGCCGAUAUGCCUCUGGGCGAGAAGAUUAAGUUCGUCAGCUCGUACGAUGCCAAGGAAGCUCGCAGCGAGCUUGCCAGUAUCUGGGCUAUGAUGAAGGAGGACCCCUUGUCCCCCGUUUCGUACUACUUCCGCAACAUGGUUCUCCCCGGUGCUGGUCUCGGAUUGGAGGGUUACGUCUUGUUCUCUAUCGGAAACAUUAAGCCCCUCUUCCAGAAGACUUUCCCGGCCUGCUGGAACGAUCACAAGAUCUGUGACAAGCAGUGGCUGAACGCCGUCGAUUACCUGGAGAUUAUCGGUAUUAUUGUGGGUCAGAUCAUGGUUGGUUUCGUUGGUGACUGGAUUGGCCGCCGUUGGGGUCUGAUUCAGGAUGCUACUAUCAUGUUCAUUGGUCUGCUUAUGCUUACUGCCGCCUGGGGCGUUACCCAGAACGGUUGGGUCAUUUGCUACGCUUGGUCCCUGUUCUUCUACUCUGUUGGUGUUGGUGGUGAAUACCCCAUGACUGCCACCUCCGGUAUGGAGAACGCUAUUGGCUCUGGCAAGAUUUCGACCAAGGAAGACCGUCUUCACCGUGGCCGCAAGGUUACCAGCGCUUUCUUGAUGCAGGGUUGGGGUCAAUUCUUCAACCAGGUUCUGCUGAUCAUCCUCCUGCUCUGCUUCCACCACGGCAGCGGCAACAACCCAUACUCCACCGUUGCCGUUCAAUGGACCUACCGUGUCUCCUUCGCUAUCCCUGCUGUGGGCACCCUGUGGCUGGUCUACUACCGUGCCUACCACAUGAAGGCUGCCUCCAAGCAGCUGGUUGCUGCCAAGAAGAAGGCUUCCGUCACUGGUUACGAUGUUGAAUCUCUCCGCCUGACCUUCAAGUACUUCGGUCCUCGCCUGCUCGCCACUGCCGGUGGUUGGUUCGCCAACGAUGUGUUCUUCUAUGGCAACAAGCUCUUCCAGAGCGACUUCAUCAAGGUUAUCUCCCCCGAGACCAGCUCCGUUAUGCCUACCUGGCUCUGGAACUUGGUCAACGUCGGUGUCUCCCUGUGCGGUUACUACCUCGCGUCCUUCCUGAUCGACAACAAGCUGUACGGCCGUAAGUGGAUGCAGACCGUCGGUUUCCUGAUGUGCUUCGUUCUCUUCGUCGUCCCCGCUUUCCACUACAAGUACUACAAGUCCGAGGCCCACAUCAAGGAGUUCCAGACUAUGUACUUCCUCAGCUCCUUCUUCAACCAGUUCGGACCCAACUGUGUCAGUUUCCUGGUUGCUGCCGAGGUCUUCCCCACUCCUAUCCGUGCCACUGCCCACGGUAUCUCCGCCGCUGCCGGUAAGGCCGGUGCCCUGUUGGCUUCCGUCCUCUACAACUACAUCGACACCCAGACCAAGUUCUACGUCGUGCCUUGGUUCGGUCUGGCCGGUGUUUUUCUCACUCUGGCCUUCCUGCCCGAUACCACUGGUCUGGACCUGAAGGAACAGGAGCGCCGCUGGCAGUGCCUCCGCGAGGGUCGUGAGGAGGACUACCACGGUCCCGCCGUCCACCCCAAGCACCUUUCCUGGUACGAGCGCUUCGUCCUGAAGAAGUGUCGCUUCUACGACGCCGAGCUGGAUUACCAGCAGAAGGUUGAGGAGUACCGUGCCGAGUGGGAAGCUCUCAUGGCCCAGCGCCUUGCUGAGAAGGAGAAGAGCGAUGAGAUCUUCGACACCGACGAGACUCUCCUCGAGGGUCACGUCCACACCUACUUCCACCGUACCAGCCCCAUGUUCAAGGGUAUGGAGAAGACUGCCCCCAGCAAGCAGGACAACUUCCGUCUGCCCCCUGCUGCCGAGUCUGGCUCCGAGGAGACCUUCUCUACCGAGAAGCCCACUGAAAAACAGUAAAAAUUUGCAUUUGCCCGGUUCUCUAUCAUGGCUUUUGAAAAGCUAAGAACCUUGAUUAUACGCUUUCCUUGAUUAUUGCUAUUAUUUUGUUGCUUUCCAUUGGGACAUUUUUGGCUGGGGCCCCCACUUGUUUCUUGUUUUGAACCCCUGUUUUUGGAUAUACCUCUUGGCUGCGUUGCUGUUUGGACAUUGCAUGAGCUGCAUGAGUUGCAUGGUGCAGGCACAUUUUGACCUGUCUGUAAUUAGACGUUGAUACCUCUCACAUACCCAUUUGGAAUGAUCAUGGCUUUACAUGGCUUUACAUGGCUUUCGAACAAA